AUGUUCCUGAAUUUUUAUAAUUAGCAGCUUAUUUUCAAAGAGAUAUUUGUUUUGAAAAACAAAAUUUAAAAUUUUCUGAUAUAGUUGAUAUAUAAGCCAAAAGACAACCAAAAGAAGCUGUUUUAAUAUUCACUUUUUUUCUAAGGAAUUUUUGAACCAUUAAAAGGAUGUUCUUUUAUUUGAACCACCUAAACUAGUAAUUAACUUUAGCAAAAACAGUGGUUACUUUAUGUUAAACAAUAUUUAUUAAUGUUUAUGCCUCUUCAGUUUUUACUAAACGGAGAUGAGAAAGCUAAAAAUGAUUUGUGUUAUUAUUGAUUUAGCAAGACACAAUGAACCCAGCACAAUAUUUAUAGAUAAAAUGGAUUUAAUUAUGGGUUAAAGAGGAUCUGCUAGUAAAUAAACAGAAGGGAGAAGAAUGAAUACUUAAUUAUUGCUAUGUUAAGGCAUUAGAAAAGAAUAUAACUUAUUAUAAUUAGUUAGAUAUAUAUACCAUAACCUGUAGAACAGUGAAAUAGAAAAAAUAAUAGAAUUAGAUAUCAUAUGA